UUAUAAUAUCCGCACUUCUCAACUACUUACUUUCCGAUUUCAAGAUCUCUGUAUAACCGUACAUAAGCCACAGAUCGCCAUUACUAUAAGCUCAUUGCAUAGUAAAAUGGCCAAGCAAGGCGCCAUCACCAACAGCAACCUCCCAAACUCUUCUGGUCCCUCUAUUACCCGCUCCACCGCCAACCACUGCAGCUUCAAUGAUCUGACUGCCGCUGACACCAUCCGUCGAAGUGUACUCGACUCAGUCAAUGUGUUUCGCAAGACUCUCCCCGAAGGCAGUAGGAUAACCCCGACAUCACCGGCCAACACUACCAUACAGCGCAGUAAGAUUAGUCAUAGCAUCAUCGCAAACUCAUACAUCAGACGCUGCAAUAUCACCAACUGUGAACUUGUCGAUGUGACAUCUGCUAAAACCACGGAUGCCAAUGACUCCAAAUUCGAAAACGUGCGCUCAGUGCGCCGUAGUUCGGUGCGGAACAGCACCGUCACUGGCCAGAGUACGCUCAACAAGAGCAAAGUCAGUGGGUCAUCUGUCACAGAGGAGAGUUUCCUGCGGCGAAGUCAGCUUGAGGAUAUCCAAGUCGCUAGAAGCCGGGUGAAGAAGUCGACUCUACGGAAGUGUGAUGUCAGUAACUGUGUGAUUAUCAAGACGGAUUUCACGGGCAUGGUGCUGCGGCAUGGGGUCUGGAAGAAAGGGAGGUUAGUUGGAAGAGUGGGGAAUAACGAGGUCGUAGCGACGACUCAGGAUGGGACGGUGAGUUGUUUUAUCUAUCAGCCUCUCGUUACUUUUCUGGAAGUGUGUAUUGACAGAGUCAGAACAUGGCCGAUGUCCCUUCGGAGAAGCUUGUCACACAAGACGCCGAGGUAUGGGCGGAUAAUGACCCCGACUCGGAUAGCUCGGACAAGGAGAGCGUGGAUUCGGAGGACCUUCCGCCUCCUUAUAGACCUUGAUUGUGCUCAAGGCCUUUUAUCAGGGUUCAGGUCAAAUGAAUUGAAUUCUGCUGUAUUUGGCGUUCUGAUACCCUCGUUACAUGUAGUGGGUAUCCAUUUUGCUGGUAUGCUCCUCGACGAUAUGCUAUGGCCAACUUAUGUUAGGUUCAUGAUACCAGGCUCGUAAUAAGGUGAGACUGUUGAUUGGCUUUUAAUAUAAUAGGAUAUUUGAAACAUCAGUCAUGUGAAGCAACUAAAAAGCUGCCACCGUUCACAGUAUUCCUCUAGGGAGGGUCGAGGACCAAAGCCUCACCGAAGAGCCCUAGAGCCCAGUGUUCAUGAUCUGAGACUUGACAAAUACUUCCAAGGCUUGAAAAAAACACUAAAGAAACUUACGGCAAGGAGCCUUGAGACUUCCCUAGGACUAGAUCAUGCCCGCUUUUCACUCAGUGAUUUAUCCCAGAGUGUAAAACAAGACAGAAAUAUGUGUCACGCGGUUGAGGCCUGUCUGCGCGGCCGUAAAAGGACAUAGUAUUCCCGACAAGGUUGUCAGAAACAGCGUAGUUAUUACGCGAGCUUUCCCACCUAUAGCCUCACAUUAGGUGCUUCACGGCUCAGUAAUAUUUCACACCGUGCAUACACCAUUGGAGUCCUCCCUCUUUACCUAGAAAGAAGACAACAAUAGUAUUCAUGGUUAUAUGCUAUUAUGCAAAUGUAUCUUGCUAAGACCCG